UAUACUUUCUUUAAAGGAUGUUCUUUCUAAUUAUUUUCUUUCACUGAAUGAUUUACCAUGGCUAUUUUCGUUGCACCUUAAUUCCCCUAAAAGUUUGACAAGAAUUGCUUUAAUUGGGUUGCAUUUGGUAAGGGGAGUAGAUCGUACAUAUUGGAUAAAUUUAGUUUUUCAUAUGAUUGGUAUGCUUUUGAAUUUAAGGAUUGCUAUUCCAUAAAAAUAUAUAUGCUUCCACUCACAAGAAUAAUAAAUUUUUUUUUUUAAACCUUAAAGCAUUUGCAAUGAUUCUAUCCAUUGAAGCUAUUAUGGCAAUAAAUUUGGACCGAAUUAAUGCUUGGAUGGUAUAAUAUCCAUGCAUAGAUAAUGUCUAUUUAUAAUUCUUCUUCAUUGGAUUUUUCUUUAGAAUUUUAAAUAGAAUAAAUUGGCAUAUUGGGAGAAAGAUAAGAGGAGGGAGGAUAGAGAAGAAACUAUGAAUUGAUGAGGCAAGAGGAGAGAGAAAGAGAUUAAAUUUAUGGCUCACACUAUUUAUCAGACCUUCCAUAAGCAAAGGGAAAACCAGACCAAAAAUGACAUGGAUGAUCAGCUUUCAAGUAUUUCUUUGUGGGAUAUUUGGCGGAUCAUUAGGCCAAACUUUAUAUGCUGAAAGCUUGUCUUUAACAUCGGCGACAUUUGUGUCUGCUGUGUCCAACCUCAUUCCAGUCAUGGUAUUUAUGUUGGCAUUAAUUUUUGGGUUGGAGAAGUUGAAGAUUGGAACAAUGGCAGGCAAAGCUAAGUUGAUGGGAUUCAUGGUAAGCAUAAGUGGAGGUAUGAUUUUCAUACUCUACAAAGGCUUGAAAAUCAACAUUUGGUCAACUGGAAUCAACUUAUUGUUAAAAUAUGAAGCUUUAGGACACCAAGUGAAGGGUAAUCAAGGUUUAGGCUCCUUCUUGGCCAUUGCUAGCUGUUUAUCUUUGACAAUUUGGUACUUGAUUCAGGCUAAGGUCUGCAAGGCAUAUCCUCCUUACUCUGCCACUGCUUUGAUGUGUACUUUUGCAUCGAUUCAAGCUACUGUCUUUGUCUUAUGUGCUGAGAGAGAUUGGUCUAGGUGGAAACUUAAUUGGAACAUCCAACUUAUCACUAUUCUUUACGCGGGAAUUUUACAAUCAGGAUUUUGUUUUGCGGCAAUUGCUUGGUGUUCUGAGGUGAAGGGUGCAUUCUUUGUAUCUGCUUUUUAUCCUUUGAUGCUUGUUUUUGUUGCUAUAGUAGGAACUCUCUUUCUGGAUGAGCAUUUAUACUUGGGAAGUUUGAUAGGAUCAAUACUAAUCGUGGUAGGUUUAUACGCUGUGUUGUGGGGAAAAAGUGAGGAGAUAAAGCAAAUGUCAGCAAGGUCAAAGCAACUCCAAACAACUGAAGAAAUGUCUGUAAAUUCUAGCAAUUGUGAUAAAGAACCUCAAUCAAUAGUGUGAUUUUUUCCAUGUAUUAAUUUGGUUAAAUAAAAAUCACGUUUUAAGUAAAAUUUCUUUAUUUUAUUAGUAUCCUAAUAAUUUUUGUCAGUGGGGAGUGCAUUAUUGUGAUGAUAAACAGUGAAAAUUUUCAAUGGAUUUGUUCAAGCGGUGAACAAAAGGUGUUGAUUUGAAGGGAAAAUAUUAUAAGGAUAUGGUGGCAGACAUGGACUAAUUCUCAAGUGCUCGAAAUUAUAAGGUCAAUGUGGAUGGGAAAAGGCCACUUUAUAGUAUUUUAUUUAAAUAUAU